AUGACAUUGAAUUUAGAUGAGGUCGUUUUAAGACGACUAAAGUCUGAAAUUGAGCUUGAAAUCGUUAAGAGACUAGAUUCAAAGCUUAUAGAGUAUAAGGAUGCAAUUUCAAAUGAAUAUGUAAUGCGAAAUCAACAGAAAAACAGAGACUUAGAGGAAAUAAAGAGCCAACUAUUUUAUGAUAUGGACCAAAUUUCUAAUUUUAUGAUGCUCUCUGAGCUUCAUAAACAAGGUUAUAGUACAGUUGAAGAAUUUGUGCAAAGUCUCAAUAGUGAUACAAUUACAAUGUGCAAAUCGUAUGUGAAUGAGUAGCUAGAUGCUCAGCAUAACAUGACUGUGAAUAAGUUCGACACAUUUUCAAAAGAACAGCAAAUUAUCAAGUCCCAGGUGGAGCUCCUGAAAGACUUGAGAUUCUAGAUGUCUACCAUGAAUUAGAAAUUAGAGGAAAAAGCAUCGUUUUAAAAUUUGCGCAACAUAGAAUUCUAGCUGUCAGAAUAUGUGAAAAUCUAUACAUUAACAGCGAUUGAGGAGGAUAUUCGGUAAAAGGUGGAUAGCAAGGAGUUUUAUAGACUGAAGGAGGAGUUCUAGGAUGCAAACAGUUAGAUUUAGCAUAUAUUAAGAAUCAAUAAAACAUAUGAGGAGACUCAGAAUCAGUUGGACACAAGUCUAAAAGACUCAUAUGUAUCCAUAGAAAAGAAGCUUGCGUCAUUAGAAAUAGACAUGAAAAGGAAUGAUUACGAUUUGUAAGCCAAAACCACAUCCAUAAGAGAUUCACUAAUUAACUACAAGAAAGAGGUAGAGUAGAGAUUUAACGAAGAACGAUUCUAAAUAAUGCAAUGCGUAAAAAUAACUGAAUUUGAAAGACUUAAGGAUUCACUAGAAAGAUAUGCUCCUCUUGCCGAGGUGUAUUAACUUAGAGCUGAAUCAAUACCAGUUAUUAAGAAAUUUAGGUUAGAAGUCGAGUAAUUCAAAGAUACUUACGAAUAGGUCAGAGAAAUGAUUAGGAGAUUUGAUGAAAUCAUAAGUGAAAAAGCAUCUAAAUCAUCUCUUCUAGAAUUAGAAUUCGAUAUAGGACAAAAUUAUGUCAAGAAAAAAUACUGGGAUAAAUUACAAGAGUAAAUUUAAGCAUCCGUUAAUCAAUAGCAGGAUAUGGUAAAAUUGAUGCAAAAUAAUGUUUCAAGUUUCGAAGGUCUAAUGGAGGAUAAGAUUUAGCACUAAGUCAAGAGAUUUAUUUAAAAGGCCAUGAUUGAUUAUGAAAGAGUUUUAAAUGCGUUUCAAAAGUUUUUUGACCACGAGGAACUUUAGAAGGUUUUAGAUGGCAAGGCAAAUCUGAGCCUAAUACAAAAUCUAGAUGAGAUAAAGGCAAGUAAAGCUUAGGUCUCUAACUGCUAUAAAAUACUUGAGCAAAUGCAUGAUAGAAUAAGACAGAUAUCCAUAUUGAUGGUGGAGACAGCUAAGACUAUCCAGCCAUAAAAAAAUUCAAAUAACUUUGAAAAGACAGAAUCUCUCAACAGCAAAAUAGCCAGAAGGGACUACUUGCUGAGGCUUUCGAAACUGACUGCUUAAUGGAUUGAGGAACUUGAAUUCUUCCCUUUGCCACCUGAUGCUGAGCCUUAUCAGUUCAAACAGAGAGUCAAAAGUAGUUAAGUAAGUGCGAGACGCAACUUAAGUGAUGGAAUAAAUGACUAGCAAUAAAGCAGCAUGUCUUAAAUAGAGAAGAUCUACAAGAAAAUGAAUGAAAACUCCAAAUCUGAUUUGCCAGUUAACUUGUAAAUUUGGAAGAGACAAUUCGCACUUAGAUCCCAAAAUGGUAGAUCAAGAUUGAAUAGAAAGCAAAUUCUCCAGUAGGAUGGCUCUGAUCAAUUCAGCAAUACUCAAUCCUUUGCUCAAAACAUAACAACUAACCUAACAUAGAACCAGCAUUAGAUUAACAUAUUUGGUCACAAAAAAAGCUUAUAAGACCACAAAAAUAAGAGCAAUUUCUCUUUGACUUUAAGUUUAAAUCACUCUCCAACUAAUGACGAUGAAAAUAGAGUAAAGCAUAACAAGACACAAAAUAUGCCAAGUUCAGGAAACAACGGAAAGAAAUAGUCAGGUCCAAAGAAUGUUCAUCAUAUUGUGAUUGCAGAUAAUAACUUCAAUAUUAACAAUGUCACAAGUGCCACUCCUACAAAGAAUAGCUACAGACAUGGAAGUUCAAAUCCUCAGCUUGAAAAAGAAAUAACUCAGGUAUCUAAGAGGAUAGGUAGCAUGAAUGAUAAGUAGUUAAGAGAUAUUAUUAAGAUAAAUGAGUCUGAUCAAAAACUCUUCUCAAAGAGAAAAAAUGAUUUGGACUUUAAGAAACUUAUGAGUCAGAUGGGGUAGGAAAAGUCCUAUAAAAUGAGAAACAAUACAAAUAGUUAGAACUCAUCCAAGAGUAAAAUACAGCUCUCAUAGCUAGAUCAAAUCAAGUGA